UACGAGUAAAACGAGAGAGUGAGAGGGCAACGAUUUGAUCUAGAAAAUUUUGUAGACACGCUGAUGACAACGACUCGUUAAUGUUCCAAGCAAAUGUAUUAUCGUAAUAUCAAUAAGUGUAGUGUCAAGUGUCGUAAUAUCAACAUUUCUAAGUAAAUGAAGCUUUAGUAAUACGCAUUUGUAUACUCAUUACUCUUUAUGGAUUUGUGGAAAAGUUUUAUCACGUCAAUUAAGUGUGUUGGAAAUUAAACGUUGAUUUUAAUAAUAACUGUUAAUUGUAAAUAAUAACAAUGGCACCGGGUGUGAAAGAAGAUCAGUGUUUGGAACUUAGUAACAAUAACGUACUACAUUUGCUCCCGAGGACAACAGUGUGUUUGGAGUUCAAUAACAUCACGUGUUCGAUUAAAACAUUCUGCAUAACCAAAUGCCGAUUGGAAACUAAAAACAUUCUAAAGGGCGUGAGUGGUUGCUUCAAACCCGGACAACUGACAGCCAUCAUGGGUCCCUCCGGUGCAGGAAAAACAACCCUAUUGAACAUUCUUGCUGGUUAUUCGACGAAAGGAGCAAAAGGCGAAAUUACAGUAAACGGUGUAUCAACAUGCGCAUCGCAGUCUAACGGCCGCGGAGGUGCCAGGUUCAUUCGCCAGGACGAUGAUCUCCGCAUGCAUCUGACUGUCUAUGAAUCAAUGUCUCUCGCCGCAGCUCUUAAACUGGCCGAUUUCAAGCCACAGGAGCGCAAAGAGAAAGUAUUUGAAGUGUUGGCACUGUUGGGUCUGAGUGGUACAUCUCGAACACUUUGCCGAGACUUAUCAGGAGGUCAAAAACGAAGACUAGCUGUUGCCCUUGAAUUAUUGUCCGACCCAUCGCUACUGUUUCUUGAUGAACCAACCACCGGAUUAGAUUCCUCAUCGUCAACUUCUCUCAUCGCUCUCCUUAACGGCCUGGCGCGCGGCGGUCGGACUCUCAUAACUACAAUACACCAACCAUCCGCCCUCGUGUUUGACAAGAUAGACUCUAUAUACUGCUUAACAUCUGGAAAUACUUUAUAUUCUGGACCGCGAAAGCAUCUUCUGUCGUCUCUAGACCACGCUGGCCUGCAAUGUCCACCGUACCAUAACCCAGCUGAUUUCUUAAUGGAAGUGGCUUCAGGAGAAUACGAGAUUGAUUUGAACAAAGCUGCCAAAUCCAUGCUUGAAUACAAACCCGAAUCUACCUCCAGUGAAUGGGACGACAAUGUCCCUGUCAUAUCUACGUUCUCGAAUACCCUCAGUAUGGAUACAGAAAUGAAAGACAAGCAACUAAGGAGCAACUCAAAAUAUCAUAAGAACUACUCAUACAAACAAUCGGGCUACUUGAAACAAACGUGGAUACUGCUGUAUAGGAACUAUUUAAUAACAACGAGAAAUUAUUCAUUAUUCCUGUAUCGAGUGGCGGCACAUGUGGUGAUUGCGUUGAUCUUUGGAUAUUUAUACUCGGGAGUGGGUAGCGAGGCCAGCAGUGUCCUUGGAAACUAUGUGUACUUAUACGGCUCUAUGUUGCUCGUGGUAUACACCGGAAAGAUGUCUGUUACGCUAUCAUUUCCCCUGGAGAUGGAUAUACUAAAAGGCGAAUAUUUUAAUCGUUGGUAUAGUUUGGGGCCUUACAUAUUUUCAGUAUUAGCAGUUGAAUUACCGUUUCAGAUGAUAUCAUGUGUGUCAUACGUAAUAUUAUCAUACUGGUUGACUGACAACCCGCUUGAACCAACGCGGGCCACGUUAUUCCUCGCUACUAUAGUCGCUACUUCGCUCUGCGCACAAGCAUGGGGGUACUUUAUAGGGUCUACGACACCCACAAAGAUUGCAGUUUUCGUGGGGCCAGUGCUUGCCUGCCUGUUUUCUGUAUUUGGUUUUUGUUUAUCGCUAAGAGACACGCCUUACAGUUUCCGCUGGCUCCAUCACAUCUCUUACUUUAGAGCUGGAUUUCAUAUCGCAGUGCAUUCAAUAUACGGUUUUAAUAGAACAAAAAUGCACUGCGCUAAAGAAUAUUGCCACUACAUAACACCAAACAAAUUCCUCGUAGAAAUGGACAUAGCCACAAUAGACGUCGGUGCUAAUAUGGCCAUUGUACUCGCUACCACCGUGUUGAUGCAUGUACUGACGUGCACUGCUCUCUGGUAUCGACUCAACAAGAGGUGAACAAAAUAGGCCUUAUUAUAAACAAGUGAUGUGACCUAAAAUAUUUAAUUUAUCCUUAGUUUUUAAUAAUAAUGUGAUAAACCUCAAUGAAAACGAAUAAUUAUUAUCUUUAGAGUAUGUGGUUACAGGUAAUAAACAUAAGUAUAGUAUUUGUUUAAAUUUUAAAUAUUAACUAUUAAUAAGUAAAAUUAUUUUGGCA